AUGAAGAGGGGAAGUAUUUAUUUGACAGCUUCCACUUCGCAUGCCCCCGAACCAGAUGAGCCCCCACAGGCGAGCUGGCGCCGCUGGAUAAAUGAAGAAUCUUGGCGCCGAACAGCAUUCUUUGCAUUUGUGAUGGACGCUCAGCAUGCUUGUGUAUUCGGCCACUCGCCCGUGCUCUCGGUGAUCGAUAUGCGCAUCGCACUUCCGUGCCUUGAAUCAAUAUGGGAGUGUACUUCAGUCGAGGCCUGGCAGACGCUGAAUCGACCAGAAAUGGCCGCGUUGCUCUUUUUACCGACCCUCAAGUCUCUGCUGCGCGAGAAUACGGUUCCGUCACAUUGCAGCGAAUAUGCGCGAUUCGUACUUCUGCAUGGAUUGAUGAGCUUACAGACUCAUCUUCAAGCUGGCUCCAAGCUAACGCUGGGGAUCGAAGUGGGGAAACUACAAGCCUCGGCGAGGACCCAUGAUCUCCAGCAACCCGUCUGCCCCGGUAGCAGCAACAGUCGCAGCGCCCCUGUCUGGGCAAAUACCAUUGACGCGGCUCUUGACCUCUGGUCAACAUCACUAUUCUCCCUCCAGCCGUCGCUGUGUUUGGAAGCGGCUCGCACCUUGCACCGCGUUGCACAGAUCACUCUGCAUGUCAGUGUCCUCGACAUCCACGCCCUCGCCAUGGAUCCUUAUUUCCCGUUCGAUCAUUCGCGUCCCAAUGUCGACCAUGGGGGCUGCUUUUUCAACAGUAAUACAACUAAAGCCAUGACACGGCUUCAUCGCUGGGUCACCACUGACUCCGCUCGCAAAGCUUGUCGGUACGCGCUUCUCCUGGUGCAGGAAACCAUGUUCAAUGGGAAGCGUUACUCAGCCCGCGAGGAUAAUGUCGCGCCACGACCAUGGUGCUUGUAUAUUGCUGUUCUGGCUCUCUGGGUUUACGGCAUUGUUACAGAGGGCCCUGUUUCGGACGUUGCAAAUCCUACUGGGGCUGAGGAUUACAUGAUUCGCAUGACACGCACGAUGCAGCAGGCCAGCCCGAUAAAACCGACUGUCGGCGGGACAAAUCAGAUUACCGGCUUAAUACGGGCCGUAAGGGACGCGUUGACGGGAUGUCGAUGGGAGUUAUUGCAAGAGGCUCAUCUGGUGCUUCGGCGCUUAGGGGGUGAGACUGUGCUUGACGCUGGGGGUGAUAGCAAGACUCUUAUUUAA